AAGAUUGUUCUGUAAAAAUGUCAAAACUGUGUUUUGAUUUGAAUUAUCUCAUGUGUGCGACUGCGACUGUUCGCUGUGGUGUUAUUUUCCAAUCUAGACGAAUAAAUAAACCUAAGUAUUUAAGAAAAGAAAACUCAAAUAUGGCCAAGACGAAACGUUAUUUUGAUGAUGCCGAGAAUAAUGAUACUGAUUCGAAGAAUGCAAACAAUACAAACGAGGUGAAGACAUAUCAUGUUAAAAUGAAACCCAGGGUCAAAUUUAUGGAUAAACCUAUGGCUGGAAAUAAAAUAAAACAUCAGUCUAAGAAAUAUGCGGGAAAAGCAUCAAUUAAUCCAGAAGAACUAGCAAAACAUUCUCGAGGUGAAAAACUGGAAGGAAAAGGUGUAACACAUCCGUUACAUGCAAUAAAGUUGAAAAAGAAAGAAAAUAAAUACAAAUUUGCCCAAGAGCAAGCAGCUAGAGCAGAAAUAUUACUAACAGAAAACACAGGAUUCCUAGAAGUAGAUGAAGACCACAGAACAACAUGUAUUACACAAAAGGUUAUAGGUGAAAAUGUUGAUAUAACCGCUGCUACAAAAAUAUUUGAUUUAAAUUUAGAAUUUGGACCAUAUAGAGCAAAAUACUCAAGGAAUGGACGACAUUUAUUAAUAGGAAGUAAAAGAGGUCAUCUAGCUGCUUUUGAUUGGGUUACAAAGAAGCUGCACUGUGAAAUAAAUGUAAUGGAAUCAAUUCAUGACAUAAGUUGGCUGCAUGUGGAGACAAUGAUAGCAGCGGCCCAAAAAGAGUGGCUUCACAUAUAUGAUAAUACUGGCACUGAGUUACACUGUGUUAAGAAAUUGGAUAAAAUAUUGCGGAUGGAGUUUCUUCCUUAUCAUUUUUUGCUUGCUACAGUGAAUGAAUAUGGUUUUAUGUCAUGGCUCGAUAUAUCUAUAGGAGAAAUUGUAGGCCACUAUAAAAAUAAUCUCGGAAGGACACCUGUAAUGACACAGAAUCCUUAUAAUGGAACAAUAUGCAUUGGUAAUUCCCAAGGGCUUGUUUCCUUAUGGGCACCAAGUGUCAAGAAACCACUUGCAAAGAUAUUAUGUCAUAAAACACCAUUGACAGCAAUUGCUGUAGACAGUAGGGGCAUGUAUAUGGCGACAUCUGGUGUUGACAGAAGUAUGAAGAUCUGGGAUAUUAGAAACUUAGAUGGACCAUUACAACAUUACAAGCUAAGAAGUUCUCCAGUUGAUUUAGAGUUUUCACAGAAGGACAUGUUGGCUGUUGGCCUCGGUGAAGUUGUGGAAAUAUAUGGGAAUUGUUGUACACAAACUGUAGAUAAACCUUAUAUGAGACACAAAAUGGCAAAGUCAAUAUGUAACUUUAAAUUCUGUCCAUAUGAAGAUGUACUGGGUAUUGGUACUUCAGGUGGAUUUUCAAGCAUUCUUGUACCAGGAAGUGGUGAAGCAAACUUUGAUGCUUAUGAAAGUAAUCCAUUCCAAACCAAGCAGCAGAGGAAGGAAUCUGAGAUCAAAGCUCUGUUGGAAAAAAUACCGGCAGAACUUAUUACACUUAAUCCAUUUGAAGUUGUUGAAGUUGAUGUUCCCACUCUGAAGGAUAAACUUGAAGCUAAAUCUAAACUACUGCACGUCAGAGAUAAGAAGAUUGAUGUGAAACCUAGACAUAAGAAUAAGGGUAAAACGAAUAUUGCGAGGAAGAAAAUUAUCAAGGAAUCAAUGAGAAAGGAAUAUAUAAAUCAGGUGAUCGAGGUAAAAAAAGUACUACAGCCAAAAGAGACACAAGACAUGCCUCAACAAUCAUUUGGUGUGUUGGAUAGAUUUAUACCGAAGACAAAGAAAUAAAAUGUUAUCAUACCAGAAAAUAAUGUUAUUUAAUAAACUUCCUAUAUUCAUUUCCAAAA